UCUUUAGUUCUCCUGGAUUAAUCCAGUUUCUGUUCCUCCAUUCCACUGUCGAGACAGCUCUCGAACGAAGAAAAAAAAAUCCUAAAACCAAAUCUUCUCGACGUCCGAACCUAAAUUCAAUAUCAAAACAUAAAUCUGAUAGUCAAACAAGCACAUUUCGACUUCGAUUCAACUUAAAUAACUUAAAUCGUCACCAUCAGUACCUAGCCUUGAAGAUUUACUUGAUGGGAGCAGUUGAUUUUGAUACAAUUUCAACAAAUUAAUUCCAUUAUGCUAACAAUUAAAGCGAUUUGAAAGAUAAGUAGAAUCUAUUCAAUUAUGUAAAUGUCAAUUUAUCCGUUUCGAAAUUGAUUUCACGAUUUUUUUUUUUAUUUCAAAAACCUAAUUAUGUCUGUUCUGUGGCAGGUCUUAGCAUUUCUCAGCUUAUGCUAAAUACAAGGAUGUGACAGAUCUACAGAUUGGUGUUAAGGCAGAGAUAUAAAGCUUCGAUCCCCCCAGGUCACAUGGUACACGGUUUAUAAAAUGUACAGAAACAACUUGCGGCCGCGGAACAAUGGCAUAGAUUUAUAUGCACACAGCACAAUUGGUGGCCGGUGGAUUGUUGCCAUCUUAAAACAAAAAAAAUUCAUUACACAUCCUCCAAAAACAAAGUCUGGUUCAAGCCGAAUUUUCCAUGCAUUAUGUGGGCAGUCCCUUUACAUGGCACUGACAACAUCAGUUGUGCAUUGUUGCGCGGUUUCUCUUGAGAGGAAUAUCAAAAUGAGAGGAAAUGCUCCUGAAAGACUGGGAUUGGGGUCUGAUGAUAUCACCAUAUUCCUUCGGGAAACUGUUGUCAAAAAGCACCCUAAAUCCCACCUGACUGGUCACCAGCAAAAAUUUCUUGGCCUUCUUGUUCAGAGAAAAUUCAUAAAAGCUAAUGGAAGUUGGUUUAUUCUGUACAGAUGCACUCUCUUUUUGGCCUUUUCCCACUAUGUUCGUGAUGCAAUCUGCUGGUUCAAGGUUCAUUGCUUGUUCCCCUAGGUAUGGCUUUAUACAUUAUACUCAAUUAUCAACGGUAAGUCGGAGUAGUUAAUCAAAACUUUGAGUGGUCAAUUCAUUUUAUGUGGCCUAUUUAUUUAUCAACAUUUGUGCUCUUGUAUAUGACUUAAUUCGUUCCAAUUAAGAUAAUUUUGAAACUUCCGGGUUUGAAAGAUAAUAUGCUAUCACUCAUCUCCUUGCCGGUCUAGGUACAAGAGAACUUGGAAUAAGGUUUACUUGGUGGUUGGUAUUAUUCGUUGUUGUGCUAUUAUAUUCCAGGUUGCUUGGUGAUUAAGGCAAACAUGGAAAGAUAGGAUCAUUUAGUAAUAUAGUUGAAGUAGCCUAUCAAGAGGUUGUUGGUUUGAAGAUGAUGAAGAGCUCGUUCUUUAGGAAGAGGAGAGUUAGCAAGCUGAGAGCGAGCAAAAAGUAAAUGGUGGAGCUGCUGACAAGGAAAAGCGCGCUAAGGAAAAACAGAUAGAAUUUAGGUUAUUAUAGAGUUAAUUUCAGUUCAGAGCUUGGUUAUAAUGGGUACAGGUGGAAACGGCCAACAUUUUUUUCCUUUGACAAGUCUGCAAAUUGGGGAUUUGCAGUCAUAUCUUUCGCGCCUCUGCCUUUUUCUGGCAACAGAAAGUAACAGACUUUAUAUUUUAGUUGACAAUAGACCAUGGUUGAAUCACCUGGAUUCACGGCCAGCACACCUUUGGCAGUUGAUGGUUACCAAGUCCAGGUUGUCUCCGUUUGCAAACACUAGAGGCCAGAAGGAGCGGAAGGGAUUCAAAUUCAAAAAGAAGAUCAAUUUUAAGGGUAUUUCAAGAUCCAACAUCAGUGACAUUAGAAAAUUGGAAAAAUGGUUCGCUUUGAUUAGUGCUGCAGCUUUGUCUCAAAAGGAAUCCUUGCUACCGGUAAAAAACUUCAGAAAUGCUAAGUUGUUGAAUAAUGAACUGCACCGAACCUUAUAUGGUUUCAUUGUAUUUGAAGUCGACUGGAAUGAUGUUCGUGGUAUGAACUAUCUAAAUGAGCUUCAGACAAAUACAUCACUUGCAUUAGAGGCUAAGCUCAUGGAGAGAUGGGAAUUUGACAGCAUUGAGCAGGCCUCAAACUGCAUCCGUUCAUGGUUCUCGGGAACGCACUUUGAAUUGGUAUGGUUGCAGGCCUACCUGGACUCAACCCUAGGGGAGGUGUUCCAUGACGCUCAAGAAAAUUUCUCAACUCCUGACUGUAAUGGUGAUUUUGCAAUAAAUUGUACAAAGAAUGGAUCUGUCGAAGAUUCAUCAUCUCCUGGUGGCUUGAAAAAUGAGUUUAGUGUGUACCCUGCACGCGUAGAAUGUAGAGAAUCCACACUACAAACACCACCUCCCCCCACUGGACCUUACAAGAGAAGAAAAAUAACAAAACCCAUACCUUAUGAAGAUGGAGUCGAUAAGUUUCCUCUUGGGGUCCAGAAUGAAAGUAUAGACUUACCAAAAAUUUCAGUGGCUUCAUCUUCUCCUAGUAGCCGCACAGAAACCACAGUUGAAGCUACCCAACACAGAGAUGUUUUGAUAUUGUUCAGGUUUAAUGACCAUGACCUCCCAUUUAAACUGAGGCAGAUAAUCAUGAGCGAUGUGCGGUUACUUACACUGCUUGAAUCAGGGCUUCCAUCUUGGGUUAUCUUUUUGCAAUCAUAUCCUCUAUUUUGUCAUAUUUAUCGUCCAUGGAUGUGCCUCGUGGCAAGAGCAUUAUACGUGUUGAUCUCAGUUGUCACGGUCGUAAUUGGGUUUUAUGAUUUGUACAAAAAUGUCCCAGUCCUUAAGGCGACUGUGUCCAGUGUUUUCGGGCCACUUUUUGACUGGAUUGAAACUUGGGAAAUGCUAUCAAGAAUCAAGUAUUUGGGGACCAUGCUAUUUCUGCAUAAUUUUGAGAAAGCCGUCAAGUGGUUUCUAAUGGCGACACGUUCCUUCAAGUCAUUCUUUUCAGUUCUCACCCAGCCGUUUGCUGGCCCAGUUAUGGAGCUCGUGGAGGUCUUUCUUCCCUUUUGGAAUGGAUGCUUUCAAGCAGUUGAGAGCUUUCUUACAGUUAUUUGGGUUUUGAUUGAUUCCACGUGUGGCCUAGUAAUGAAGAUAAUACAGUUGUUGCUCUCGCCAGUGUGGUUCAUCCUUGGUGUUAUUGGAAGCAUUGUGUCCGCCAUUGUUUAUCCAAUCAUUUGGGCCAUCCAGGAAAUACUUUACACUCCUAUACGUCUGCUUCUAGUACUGGCAAGUUUUGUAGCUUAUAUUUUCUCUUGCAUGAUUGAGUUUGUGAGAGAAAUUUGGUUGUUUGCAAGUAGCAUUUUCCAGCUAAAGUCAGCUGCCGAGGCAGGCACAUAUGAAAUUUCUUUAUGGCGUUCACUUUGGAAUGACCUUUUCUCACAGGUCUUCCGUGCUAUCCGAAGCAUUAUAAAUGGUUUUGUUGCCUUCUUCGUUGCGUGCAAUAGGCAUCGUCUAAGCAUCUACAAUCAUAUGCAGGAGUUCUUCUUUCAGCUAUCUUGCCUAGCUGGCAGAAAUCAGACUACGAAUUUUAAUUAUAGACGAAGAUAUGGUGCUCAGGAUCAGAUGCAAUCAAGAAGAAAGACCCAAGGCAGGUACCCUGAGCAAACACCGGAGAAGCCAGACUUAAAAAGAUGUGCUAGUAGCCAUAUGCAGCAUUCAUUGGAUUACAGAACUCCCUCUAGGAUGCUAACACUAUGAAAAUUUGAAAUUCUUCCGGUAUAGGGUAGUAGCCGUAAUCAGCCUGUAAAUAUGAGCUCAAUUUUGUUUGCAAAGUUGACAUUAGAUUAUAUAAGAGCAGUUCCAGCGGGAUGGGCAGAUUUGCCCAUUUUCACCCCACAGUGGGACUGUCAAACCAAGGAAAUAGAUGGUCAAAAAAUGCUCACAUAUAAAAGUUUGCCCAUCCCAUCUUAAAUUAAACCGACAGCCUUAAUAUAAGACGACCGGUUUAAUGUUGGACGAUCGUCUCAAGUUGCGACGAGCCUCUCCUCCAUUUAAGCCGAUAGUCCCAACUUGAGCCGAGACCCUCCUCAAGUUAAGACGAGACAUGAUAUUUUAAUAUUUAAUAAUUAGUUUAGUUAAUAUAGUUUUCUUUUU